AUGAGAUACGUGGACGUCUGUUCCUUAUACCCUUACGUAUUAAAACACAGACUUUUUCCCCUAGGCCAUCCUCAGAUCAUAACAGACCAAUUCCAGGACGUGAGAACUUAUUUCGGCCUCAUUCAUUGUCGGGUCUUACCACCCCGAGGGCUUUAUCACCCCGUUUUACCUUAUCGCACGGGAGACAAGUUAUUAUUUCCAUUAUGUCGAACCUGUGCGGAACGACAGGUCUCUACUUCUAAACAUCGAUGUCAACACACAGACCAGGAACGCAGUCUUACAGGUACUUGGGUGAUUACAGAAUUACAUAAAGCCCUAGACAUGGGAUAUACUUUAGAGCGGAUUUACGAGGUUUGGCAUUUUCCAGAAAGCAGUCAAGAUUUAUUCAGAUCUUACAUCGAUACCUUCUUAAAGAUCAAACAGGAAGCGUCUGGAUUCCCACCUGAUUGUCAGACAGAGGAACAGAAACUAGAUUACAUUCGUAAAGUAAUAGACAGAGAAGGCAUUAGAAUGGACCUAUUAAGUAUAGAAAAAAAUCCGGUGCGAAGAACGAUAGCCAAACUCUUUUUAAAUUGCUUGUGGGGAAAAUUCGCUCAACGCCUCUUAUUACCUAAAACUCGAUACUUGACCGAAGAAGAGGAAUUACAGCAACUCUUACAAGAUUCGACCAUUGACAUCAAAGGGAUAGAACUCUUAGAAAAUAAAGAGCAGCCCGAAUCGGACAUGAUGCUGGUGAAUUAUCAAGAGAAACAGGAAUUUGUAGAAGAGUGUCCCUUCGGAAACGUGGUACUGGCCUGUUUCACUACCGCUCAUGCCCGAUUACACCUCUACGAGACUUUACAACCUUUAGGAGAUCGGGUCCUUUAUUUCGAUACGGACAGUAUCAUAUACCAACAUAAGGAGAGACAAUUUAAUCCUACCCUUGGCCAUAGUUUAGGAGAAUGGACCGAUGAAUUAGACGGGGACCACAUUAUCAAAUUCAUGUCAGGAGGCCCUAAAAAUUAUGCUUACCUCACCGCCAAGGGAAAUUCCGUGUGUAAAGUCAAAGGAUUGACUCUUAAUUAUCGGGCUUCCUAUAUCGUAUCACCAGAGACAUUAGAAAAAAUGCUCAAGAAAGAAAUGGAUGAAAUCCAAGUCUCGGAGCCAGAGGGGCUUCCUGUUUACCCUAACUAUGCUCUGCUCUUAAAGAGAGAAGCUACCUUUAAAGAGGGAUGGCCCGAGUCUUUAAAAGGAUUAUUACCCAACCUAGCCAAAGCCGGAUUUUAUUACAGGGGAGUGAGUGAUAAGACCAUCUGUUUUCAUUGUGGUAUGACUUUAAACUGCUGGAAACCUACAGACGAUCCUUAUGUAGAACAUGCUUAUUGGAACCCUAAUUGUCCUUACAUCAAUACCUAUAAAGGACGUGAGUGGGUGAUGAUCAUAUUCAUUAACCAUUUACUCCGGGUGGGAUACAAAGUUUCACCUGAAAUUAAACCUCUACUAGAGCAAACCUCUACAGAGAUUCAGGCCACAGGAAAAUGUCACAUUUGUUUAGAGGGAGAAUUACAAAUGGCUUUACUCCCUUGUGGACACGUAUGUUGCUGUUCAUUAUGUGCUCCCACCUUCCGGUAUUGCCCCAUUUGUCGAUCCGAUGUGAAGAGAACCCAACGUAUAUUUCUGUGUUGA